AAAUGGGCGUUCCUUCCUCGCGCCCGGUCCAAUGAGAGGACCCGCUCCCGCAGUCGCCAUGGUGACGGGGUUGUGUCCGGGGAGGCUGUGAUGGGUUGACAGGUGCGUGACAAUCGCAGCUCUCUGCAAGCAUGUACGCCAAAGGCAAGAGUAACAACGUGCCGUCCGACAGCCAGGCGAGAGAAAAGUUGGCACUGUAUGUGUAUGAGUACUUGUUACAUGUUGGAGCCCAGAAGUCGGCACAGACUUUCCUGUCAGAGAUAAGAUGGGAGAAGAACAUAACGUUAGGAGAACCUCCAGGGUUCCUACAUUCAUGGUGGUGUGUAUUCUGGGAUUUAUAUUGUGCUGCACCUGAGAGGAGAGAAAACUGUGAGCAUUCCAGUGAAGCCAAAGCAUUUCAUGACUAUAGUGCCGCAGCAGCUCCCAGUCCUGUCCUUGGAAACAUGGGCUCGGGAGAGGGUAUGCCGGUCGGCCCUGUUCCUCCGGGCUUCUUUCAGCCUUUCAUGUCAUCACGUUACCCUGGUGGUCCCAGACCUCCUCUCAGAAUACCCAAUCAGGCUUUAGGUGGCAUCCCUGGAAACCAGCCGUUAUUACCCAGUGGUAUGGAUCCAUCAAGGCAACAAGGUCAUCCAAAUAUGGGCGGAGCUAUGCAGAGGAUGACUCCACCCAGAGGGAUGGUUCCGUUAGGUCCACAGGGAUAUGGAGGAGGAAUGAGACCUCCGCUCAAUGCUCUGGGAGGUCCUGGAAUGCCAGGAAUGAACAUGGCUCCUGGAGGCAGACCGUGGCCAAUCCCACCCAACUCAAACUCAAUCGCAUACUCAUCAGCAUCCCCCGGGAGUUACGUGGGUCCGCCGGGAGGAGGAGGUGGACCACCAGGUACUCCCAUAAUGCCCAGCCCUGCAGACUCAACAAACUCAGGAGAGAACAUGUACACAAUGAUCAACACUGUGCCACCUGGAGGAAACCGACAAAAUUUUCCACUGGGUCCGGGUGGUGAAGGUCCAAUGGGUGGAAUGUCAGGGAUGGAGCCACAUCACAUGAACGGAUCAUUAGGCUCGGCUGACAUGGACAGUAUGCCCAAGAAUUCUCCAGGAACACUGAGCAUGAGCAAUCAGCCCGGAACACCGCGAGAUGACGGGGAGAUAAGCGGAAACUUCCUCAACCCCUUCCAGAAUGAGAGCUAUUCUCCAAACAUGACCAUGAGUGUGUAAACACGUGAUGAUGAUGAUGAUGAUGAUGAACUCAUGUAAGCGCGCUGUAGCCAGACCUCUGAAGAACAUGGGUCCAAUCCUCCUCUUUUCUCUCAUCUUUUCACUUUCUUUAUUUGUAAGGAUGGCAUCCUCAACCACAUCCAGCAUGGCUCAGUUUGGUGUCUCGCUGUGACGAGAACAAUCUGUCUAUAUAAUCUUUUUGUAUAUAUGUGACCCUGGACAACAAAACCAGUCUUAUGGGUGAACUUUUCAAAUGAUUUAUUCAUAUUUAUUCAGCUUUCAGAUAAUAUGAUAGGCUUUCCACUGUUGUGUGGCUUGUGAGGAGAAUAUUUGGCUGAGAGACGACUAUUUAAAACACUGGAAUCUGAGGGUGCAAAACGAUCAAAAUAUUGAGACAAUCACCUUCAAGUUGUCCAUCAGAGGCGCUGUAGCAGACCGGUGUUAAGAAGAAACAGGUUUGAUUUAACACUCUCUCACUGCUGGGAUGAGAUGGAGGAGAGCAGAUGAACCUGAAAGCUUUACAUAGAGAUCAAACUUCAGUGGGUGAUUCUCAAAGAGCGGCAGCAGCGGAUGAAGUUUAGAGGUGUUUUUUGUUCGCGAUUUUGCUGCAUCCACUCACAAAGGUAAAGUUUUGAUAUAUUUAAAUUAGGAAAUGUACAAAAUAUCUUCACCGAACAUGAUGUUCACUUAAUAUCCUUAUGAUUCUUGGCACAAAAGAAAAAUAGAUCAUUUUGAGCCGUACAAUGCUUGGUUGGCUUUUGCUUCACAUACAGCCGUUCCCACUCUUCUUGAAAGUGCUUGAAAGUAUUUGUAUUUCAGACAUAUGAAUUCAAGGACCGGAAAGUAUUUGUAUACAGACAUUGGAUAUUUUGUAGAAACAUUGCGCUGUUAUUUACAUCAGGGGAAAGCAGGAAAAACGUAAGAAAAGUAUUCCUGUACACGUCAGAGAUCUGUCUCUGUUAGAAACCACUCUCUACCUUCAUUUUGAAUAUGAGGCCUAAAGGGUUAUAAUAGUCAUUUUAUCAUUUAUUUUUAUUUACAAUUAAUUUUUUAUCAUAUCUUGAAACUUGCCUGAGCACUUUUUUACGCAGAUAGACUGAUGCCAUUGAGUGUACAAAGAUCCCUCAGGUGACCGUUGAGUACUUCACAUUCAAUGUGUAAAUGAAUCAAAUAAAAAUAAAAUAUUUAAAUGAAAAUAAAACUAUUCAAAUGAAAAUAAAACUAUUCAAAUGAAAAUAAAACUAUUCAAUUAAAAAUAAAACUAAUCAAAUAAAAAUAAAACUAUUCAAAUGAAAAUAAACUAUUCAAAUGAAAAUAAACUAUUCAAAUGAAAAUAAACUAUUCAAAUGAAAAUAAAAUAUUCAAAUGAAAAUAAACUAUUCAAAUGAAAAUAAAAUAUUCAAAUGAAAAUAAACUAUUCAAAUGAAAAUAAAAUAUUCAAAUGAAAAUAAACUAUUCAAAUGAAAAUAAAACUAUUCAAUUAAAAAUAAAACUAUUCAAAUAAAAAUAAAACUAUUCAAAUGAAAAUAAAAUAUUCAAAUGAAAAUAAAACUAUUCAAAUGAAAGGUCAAUUCCAAACGGAGGUGAACUCAGCUAUGACAGACUGCCUUUGAAGGGCAGAAGACCAUGAAUUAAUCUAAUUGAAGGGUGUAGGAAAUUCUCAUCUGUUAAUUAUCAAAUCAAAUAAUGCUCAAUAUUCCGGGUACAAGUAAAAUAAUCCCAUGAGAUUAUAUUUUAUAACAUAUAUGAAAUUAUAUUGACAAACAAUUAAACUGCAGCUCCCUUUUGUUUAUGGACAGUCUUGUCCUGCCCAAUAUGGAGCAUUGUUGACCCAAAACACCUGUGUGUGUGUCUGUGUGUGUGUGUCUGUGUGUGUCAGCGAUUGCACCCUUUGCUUACAGACUUUUGAAAUGAACGGAUGUUCACUGGUUUUGUGCUCCAGGUUCACAUACAGUAUGUAGGUGUACAUUUAACAUUACAUGUGCAUGCAUGAAGAAGAGAUAUUGAGCGUUGUAUGAGCUUGAAAGAGAUGCAGAGAGAGAUUCUACACUUGAAGGUUUUUUUCUGUGUGGUGUUUUUGCCAACAUUUGUAGAGAACUGUGAGAGGAAGUGAAGUGGGAGAGAGAGGGGUGGGAUCAGGAAAGGACCACGAGACGGGAAUGGAACCCGGGUCACAUGUCUGAGAAGUGCCCGUGUGCAGCGAUCAGCUCUUGUUUUUGAAGUAAAACACCUCACACAUUUUCUUUCAAUUAUUGCAGGAGAAGCAGAGAGAAGAAGUCAGAUAUAAUGACCUCCACACAGAAUCCCAAUGAUAAAACAGAUUCCCCGUGAGCUCGCUGUAUCAGAUCAUCAUGUGUUUAUCAUCGAUGACGGAGAUGCAGCGUGAUUUGGAAACAUGUUUAUAUUUCUGACGUCUGUAAAUGAUCAUGUCAUUCAACAUACAUCCUUGAGACAUCUGUGCUCUGAGCCGUCCAACCAAAUCUGGAGGUUCUGUUUGUAUAUAUUUCAGAAUAGAAGAUGAAUUGUUCAGGACGAUGCCUAAGAAGAACAGCCAUUCCAUAUUAAACCCACCCUGAAAUACUCUUAUUCUGCACAAUUUCUGCCAUGUGAACUGAACUGAAGAACGUUUGCAUCAGUUAACAAAUAUUCAUUGUUCAAGCGCUAAUGUUUUAAACAUACAUGAUUUUUGAAAAUCUUGUUGCACGAGUCAAAAAGGAGAGGAUUUCAUGAUAGAAGGACGACGAAGAGCGAGCGGAUUCAUGAAAAAAAUGUAUUUAUACAUCUGUCAUUGUGUCACCCGGACAAACUGUGAUUUGCUUUGCCUUUUUAUUUUAAGUGAAAUUAUUAUUGCUUUGAGUUUUAUGCACAUUUUUUUUACGCUUGGAUUCUGAUUCAUCCGUGUCUGUGUGAAUUAUUUAAGAUGAUGCUGUACAAAUUACAAUAACUUGAGAUGUAUGUUUUUGUGUUCAUUUGUAAUAACAUUCUGCCUGAGAUCCUGUCGUUUUCAUUUGAUGUUUCAUUUUUUCAGUUUGUGAAGUGUUUAUUUUCUACCUUGUGUUGACUUUUGUAAAUACACAGAGAUGUUUUUGGAUAUACUGAUAUAAAGCUUCUCAUUGCUGUUUAACAGA